UCUAAGAAAGACCGGAAACACCAAAGAAACGGGAAAGAAAUGUGUCCUCCAAAUCUCCUCCUCUUGCUUCUUCUCACCUUUGUUUCCGCCAUUAACGCCCAAACUUUCUUCCCAGCGCCCCACUGUGGUUCGACCGGCAACUUCACCGCCAACAGCACCUACCAAACCACCCUCACCACGCUCCUCUCCUCCAUCUCCACCACCAACUCCUUGCCCCUCACCUACGGCUUCUUCAAUGACUCUGCCGCCGUCUCCGGCGCCUCCCAAACCCUGUACGUCAUUGGCUCCUGCCGUGGCGACCUCACUGCCGAGAGCUGCCGCACCUGCCUCAACGCCUCGGCCUCUGACAUCCACCGCCUCUGCCCCCUCCAGAAGGAGGCGGUGCUCUACAGUGGGAACUGCAUAGUCCGGUACUCAAACGCCUCGAUCUUUGACACGGUCAUGACCGACCCUAGCAACCUGCUGUCCAACGUGAACGACGUCACGAGCCCGGACACGUACAACGCGGCACUGCAGCUGCUGCUGGACGAUCUGCGGGGCAAGGCGGCAACUGGCGGCUCGCUGAGGAAGUACGCAACGGGGAACACGUCAGUGAAUUUUUCCACCAUCUACGCAAUGCUGCAGUGCACGCCGGACUUGACAGAGCAGCAAUGCAACGACUGCCUGUUGACAGUCAUCGCAAAACUCGGGCAGUGCUGUGCGGGGAAGUUAGGAGUGAACAUCAUGGCACCGAGUUGCCAAUUCCGAUACGAGACCAAUGCUCAGUUCUUCGACCCGGUCGGCGAGCCACUUCCGCCGCCCCCCGCACAGCCGCCACCGGUGGCCGAUGCGCCGCCUCCACCACCAGGUGGAAAGAGCAAUUCAACGAAGACUGUGAUCAUUGCAGUCGCCGCAAGUGUUUCUGUGGUACUUUUUAUCGGCGUUGCCAUACUCCUGGUAGUGAAAAGGAAGAAGCAGCAGCCCAGACAAAGAGUUGAAGGUGAAGUUGAGGAUGAAAUUAGCACGGCGGAGUCACUGCAAUUUGAUUUCAGGACUAUUAGAGCUGCAACUGAUAACUUCUCUAAUUCCAAGAAGCUUGGACAAGGUGGUUUUGGUGCGGUUUACAUGGGUUGGCUCUCCAACGGACAAGAAAUCGCAGUGAAACGGCUGUCGCGGAACUCAGGCCAAGGAGAAGUAGAAUUCAAGAACGAGGUCAUGUUACUAGCUAGGCUACAACAUAGGAACUUGGUCAGGCUCCUAGGCUUUUGUCUGGAAGGAGUCGAGCGGCUUCUCAUUUACGAGUUUGUGCCCAAUUCAAGCCUUGAUCAGUUCAUUUUCAAUCCCCUCAAGCGUGCGAAUCUAGACUGGGAUAGGCGUCACAAGAUAAUAAUGGGUGUUGCUCGAGGACUGCUUUACCUACACGAAGACUCUCGACUUCGUAUCAUCCAUCGGGACCUCAAAGCCAGCAAUGUUUUGUUGGACUUAGACAUGAAUCCUAAGAUAUCGGAUUUCGGUAUGGCGAGGCUGUUCGAGUUGGACCAAACUCAAGCAGAGACAAACCGAAUAGUGGGGACCUAUGGAUAUAUGGCACCAGAGUAUGCGAUGCAUGGAAACUUCUCUGUCAAGUCCGAUGUCUUCAGUUUCGGAGUACUGGUUUUAGAGAUUGUGAGUGGUCAGAAGAACAAUCUUUUCCGUGUGGGUGAUAACACGGAGGUUCUUACAAGCUAUGUUUGGAAGAGUUGGAGGGAAGGAACAAUAUCAAACAUCAUCGAUCCCUCUAUAACUUCUGGUUCAAGUACCGAAAUCGCAAGGUGCAUCCACAUUGGUCUACUAUGUGUCCAAGAAAUCGCGGCUAACCGGCCAACAAUGGCCUCGGUCCUGCUGAUGCUUAACAGCCACUCAGUCACUCUCCAAGUGCCAUCUCAACCCGCAUUCUUCAUACAUAGUGGCGCUGAAUCGGAUAUUUCAUCUACGCAAGAUUAUAGUUCGAGCGUAUCUGAGGCCAACAGAUCAAGAAGCAGAUCGAACAACCACUCAAAAAAUGAGGUCUCUGUGACCGAGCCAUAUCCACGGUAGCCUCGACAAACGGGAGAUCAGCAUGCACUGCACACUAAUUUUCAUGUUUGUCAUGGUUUUCAGAUCAUCAAAAUGACAUUCUCAUGAUUUAAUCCUUCCUUUUAUUGAGGAGUUAUAUGGCUUCAUUGGCUUGGGAUUGAAUCCAGACUCAUAGAAUUUUGGAAGUGAAGGAUACUCUUAAAAGGUCAUGCCUUACCCUACUUGUGUAAAGACAAGAACAGCUAGAACAGCUUGCUCUUCCAAAGCUAAAAAGGUCUAAUUAAAGACAUAUGGAUUCAAGCCACACGUCCAGGCGCGCAGUUAAACCUUUAUCAAAUUUUGAAUUGUGAA